UAAGCAUUCUGGGGAGUGCUCGUUUCCGGGUGGAGUGGUCUCGGCAGUAUCUAUUGGUUUUACAUCCGUGCAGACCACUGUUUAGCCAAGUUGUAGAAAGAACUUUUUGUCCAGCAGCUGCUUUGUCGCUGGCUGUGCUCACUGGAACCGACUCAGAAGAAUGCAUGGUCUUCAGAAAUAAAUCAGUGGAGCACUGCGUUUGCGGACAGUACGCGACAAAUGUGCAAAUAUGCGAAUAAAUAGAAUGCAGAUCAAAGACUGACUUAAAAAGAGCUUUGUAGGCUAUACCGCCAUUAGUGUAUGAGGAAAGUUUUUAAGUCGAGCGCAGUGGGAAAGGGAAUAUCUGUAAAUUCCCAAACUGGAAAACUUGCUGACAAAUAUUGUUGAAAUAUGGCUUUGUCUUGGAGAAGUUGGACAACGAACGAAGGUGGCAAACACCUAAUAUUGGUUAUGUGGCUCGGAGCAAAUACCUGGUUGUUUUGGAGAACAUUCAUUUUGUAUUACAGUGGUCCGCAAUACUAUUACCUCCACAAGAUGCUUGGGCUAGGAUUGUGUAUUAGCCGGGCCUCUGCAUCUGUCCUCAACCUCAACUGCAGCCUGGUCCUCCUGCCCAUGUGUCGCUCCUUGCUCACCUGUCUCAGAGGUUCUCAUAAGGUGAUGAGCAGGAAAAGUAGGCGGCUCUUGGAUAAAAGUAAGACCUUCCACGUGGCCUGUGGUGUUGCCAUUUGUGUCUUCUCAGUGGUGCACGUGCUGGCCCACUUGACCAAUGCUCUCAGCUUUUCGGCCAGGUACUCAGAGGAGUUCCCCUCUCUGAACAUGGCGCACCACAAGGGAGAGGAUCCACGGAUUAUUAUCUUAACCACUGUCCCAGGUGUCACUGGUGUCCUGCUGGUCUUCAUCCUCUUCCUGAUGUUCACAGCCUCCUCCUACUGCAUAAGAGUCUCCAGCUAUGAAAUAUUCUGGUACACGCACAACCUCUUUAUUGUCUUCUACAUUGUGCUGCUUGUGCAUGUUAUUGGGGGUGUGCUGAAAUACCAGACCAAUGUUGACACUCACCCUCCAGGCUGCUUCGGGCCCAACAGAACCGUCCCAGAGUCCAGGUCGAGCCCGCAGCUCGUGCAAGAGUCUGUUCCUCCGGGUUCUGAGCAACCCACAGGCAGGAACGGAUUCAACAGCAUCUGCAGGGAGGAACCCCGGUUCCAGGCCCAUUUUCCUGAGACCUGGCUGUGGGUUUCAGGGCCGCUGUGUCUGUACUGUGCCGAGAGGCUGUACAGGUAUGUCCGCAGCAGCACACCAGUCACCAUUGUGUCAGUCAUCAGCCACCCCUGUGACGUCAUUGAGGUGCGCAUGGUGAAAAAGAACUUCAAAGCCAGGCCUGGACAGUACGUUGUUUUGAACUGUCCGAACGUUUCAUCGUUUGAAGGCCACCCCUUCACUUUGACAGUGUGUCCGACAGCGAAGAAGGCCACAUUUGGGAUCCAUCUCCGAGUGCUUGGAGACUGGACUGAGCGGUUCACAGAACUUUUGCUUCCUGAUCCAAGCAUGGAUUCUGAGAUUCUUCCCAUUGUUCAGCAAAGGAAAUAUCCCAAGCUGUACGUUGACGGGCCCUUUGGGAGUGCCUCUGAGGAAGUGUUUAGCUAUGAAGUCAGCCUCUGUGUCGCAGGCGGGAUUGGAGUCACCCCCUUUGCCUCUGUGCUGAACGCUCUGCUGGAUGAGUGGCAGCAGUACAAACUCCGGAGGAUUUAUUUCAUCUGGAUCUGCAGGGAACUGCAGGCUUUCUACUGGUUUGCUGACCUGCUGUGUGCCCUGCAUCAGAAGCUCUGGCAGGACAAUCGUCCGGACUACUUCAACAUCCAGCUGUACCUCAGCAAGGCGGAGGGGUUGCAGAAUAUUUCAGAGGAGCGGUACAGGGCCCUUAAUUCCAGACUUCUUAUUGGACGUCCUAGGUGGAAGCUGCUCUUUGAAGAGAUUGGGAAGGCCAAUAAGCACAAACGUGUUGGUGUUUUCUGCUGUGGACCGAAAGGAAUAUCAAAAACUCUGCACAAACUCUGCAACACCAGCCACUUUGGGACGACGUUCGAAUAUAACAAGGAAUCGUUCAGCUGAGACUUUAUGGGUGGAGUAGCAUCUACACAGAAGUGCAAUGAUGGAGAGAUUCUUUUAUUAGUGGGCGGAAGUGAAGUGUUCUCAUAUUAUGUGGUGGUGAAGACACAGGUUUAUUCUGUGGAUUCAACAAAAGGUUAAAAACUGUUACAGUGCAUUUGAAUCCAAAGUCUCUACUUUUUAUUUAAGGUAAAUAAAAAUGUGUGGACUAUGGGGCAUUAUUUUCUGAAGCCUGAAGAGCAGUGCCGCUUUGCGAAAUUUCAAUAACUUGAAGUGCAAUUGGAAUCUGUUUUUUUUCCCAGCAUUUUUCAGAAUUGUUUUUAUUUGUGGAAAAAAUGAAAUUCAAAUGAAAUCUCCCCUCUUAUGGUGCUACUGUUGUACCUUUUCAUGUUCAGCAUUUCUUGUUAAUUUAUAGUUCAAUAUUUUUAUGCUUUG